CACCUGCUCACAGCAGUCUGUCCUAUCGCCUUAUUAAAUACUUUUUAUUAACUCUUUUUCCAUAUAAUGUCACUCUCUAUCCUACAUGAGGGUGCCGUGAGGUCCAAGCGCCAGCGGCUGGGGCAGGGGCUGCGGUGACUGGCUGCGCAGAUCAGGGUGGCAGCACCCAGAGGCAUAGUGCCAGAUGGGGCACGGGGUCCCUGGCAUCGUCCCUGAACCCCAUCAGAGUGAGGAGCAGGAGAGAUCAAGAAGCAGAAGGGAAGAAUGGGGAAAAAUGGCAGCCCCAGGGGUGGGAGCAGGAGAACAGUGGGCCAGGGGUUCUCUGCUGGCUGGGGGACACACGGCUGGUUUGCAAUCGCCGAGCAUCGUGUGUGCAUGUGCACAGAAGAAAGUGCUGUCAUCCUUCUGGGCACCACUGCUCUCUACCCAGGAGGUGGACUUGGCCGCACACAGAUGUUGGACUCAUCUGAUACAAAGCAAAUGCAAUGAUUCAAGCCCUCAUCACCCAUGAGAAAAGCGGACCUGCUUUGCUUUGUCCUUGUACAGGUUAGCAGAGCUUGCACUAUUCAUUGGCAAAGCACUUACGGGGCACUGUGCAUUGGAGAAUGUCAAAAUGUUGGGGACCUUUCCUUCCCUUGGCUUUUGAGACCAAAUCAUCUCAGCUGCAACCCCCUUCCCUUGGUCCUGAGCUCAUUUCCAGUAGCAUUUCCAACAUCCACUCUUCCUUUCAUUUUUUUCUCAGCCUGCAGCUUGUGUCCAUAGCCUGGUCUUAAAGGCAGAAAUCACUGAGUGAAAUUCUCUGAACCCUCUUUUUCAAAAACUGGGCUCCAUGCAGCCUAGAAAAGGGAAUUUGCUUAAGCUGCUGCAGAGCACAUUCCAAAACCCAUCUGCCUUACACAGCAGUAACUCCAACUUCAUUACAAGGUACCUUCCACCUUAAAAAUCUGUCUGUUCGUCACGGGAGAAGUACACACUGGAGGGCUCCACAGGGGAAAGGCAAACACUUGCUGCCAAUGGGGACAGAGGUUGUCACCUGUGUGUCUGCAUAUCAGCUGCUGGAGGGGAAUAAAAAGCACCUUCCCCUGCCCCAACCUAGCUCUAGUCCAAGCUCCUGGACAGGCACAGAGCUCUCAUGGCACUCUGGGUGAUUCUCCUCUGUACCUUGAUGGCAACGCUGCUCAGUGGACUCUACCUCCUGGGCGUGUUUCGGAGACGGGGACCCGAUGAGCCACCUCUGGACAAAGGUACCAUUCCCUGGCUGGGUUACGUGCUGGAUUUCAGAAAGGACAGUUCAGGGUUUCUAAAAAGGAUGCAGAGAAAACACGGGGAUAUUUUCACGGUGCUGAUUGGAGGCUAUUACUUCACCUUUGUGAUGGACCCCUUCUGCUUUGGAGCCAUCGUGAAGGAAUCACGAUCUAAACUAGACUUUAGGAGUUUUGCAUCUAAACUGGUCCUGCAGGUUUUUGGCUACAAGCCCAUGGAAGCCAACCAUAGCAUAAUCCACGCAUCGAGCACGAAGCAUCUGAUGGGAGAUGGACUCACUGUCAUGAUACAGGCCACCAUGGAGAACUUUCAGAAGCUGAUGUUUUUCAAUAUGAGCUCAGGAGAGGACAAGCGAGUGUGGCAAGAGGAUGGCCUCUUCCACUACUGCUACAACAUCGUCUUCAGAGCCGGGUACCUGGCUCUGUAUGGCACUGAGCCACACCAAGGGGCAGAUAACAAGGAGAAAGCUAAUGAGCAAGAUCGCAUCCACUCCAACCAGCUUUUCCAUGAGUUUCGGAAGUACGACCGUCUCUUCCCUCGCCUGGCCUAUGCCGUGUUGCCUCCCAAGGACAAAAUAGAAGCUGAACGGCUUAAGAGGCUCUUCUGGAGCAUGCUGUCUGUGAAGAAGAGCUGGCAGAAGGACAAUAUCAGUGGGUGGAUAAGUGAUCAAGACCAACUUCUGGCAGAAAACGGUACCCCCGAGUACAUGCGAGAUCGUUUCAUGUUUAUGCUCCUCUGGGCAUCCCAAGGCAAUACGGGCCCAACUGCCUUCUGGCUCCUCUUGUAUCUAAUGAAACAUCCAGAAGCUAUGAAGGCUGUGAAGGAAGAGGUGGAUAAAGUCUCAAGGGAGAAUGGCCAGGAAGUGAAACCAGGGAGCCCACCAAUGAACAUCACUAGGGACAUGUUAAACCAGACCCCUUUUCUGGACAGUGCUCUGGAGGAGACCCUGAGGCUGGUUGCAGCCCCAAUACUGGUCAGAGCGGUCCUGGAGGACACCAGCCUUAAGAUGAGCAGCGGGGCAGAGUACACCCUCCGCAAAGGAGACAGGGUGGCUCUGUUCCCACACAUCUCUGUGCAGAUGAACCCAGAAAUCCACCCUGACCCUCACGAAUUUAAGUACGACCGCUUCGUGAACCCAGACGGCACCAAGAAAGAUUUCUACAAAAAUGGGAAAAGGCUGAAAUACUUCAACAUGCCUUGGGGGGCAGGCGUAUCCAUCUGUCCCGGGCGCUUCUUUGCUGCUGCUGAAAUUAAACUGUUUGUGUUCUUGAUGCUGAGUUACUAUGACCUGGAGCUGGUCAACAAAGAAGAGGAGAUCCCAGUGAUAGACAUCAGCCGCUGGGGAUUCGGGACGAUGCAGCCUGUUCGCGACGUUCGGUUCAGAUACCGGCCACGCUUUUAAUUUGGGAAAUCCUUGUUGUAUUGUUUGUUCUGGUGUUAUCUGUGAAAUAAAUAGCAUGUUCCCAUGGUUAUCAGAUCUGUGCGGUGCCAACACUGAUACGAUCUUGUUUGGUUAACAGUUAUAAUUGCUUUUCUCUUUACCUCCUUCACACGUAU